AUGGCGGAAGGGGCUUUGUUCGAUCUUGCAGGGAACGUCCUUCAACUGCUGGGCUCUAUCAUUGUUGACGAGGUCAAACUGGCCUCUAGUGUUGAAACUGAGAUUGGAUAUCUAACCGACACAGUCACCACAAUCCGCGCUGUGCUUCUGGAUGCAGAAAUGCAGAGUUCUCAUAACCAUCAGACCAAAGACUGGCUCAGUAAGCUCAAAGAUGUCCUCCAUGAUGCUGAUGAUUUGCUGGAUGAUUUUUCCACCGAAGUUAUGCGCCGCAAAGUGAUGACAAAGAAGGUACGCCUUUUCUCUUCAUGUUCAAACCGGCUUGCUUUUAGUCCUAAGAUGGGUCAUGAAAUAAAGGCAAUUAGGGAGAAACUAAAUGCCAUUGCAAGAGAUAAGGAGGCUUUUCACUUUAGUCAAAGCUUGGUUGAUCCACAAGUCAUGAAUAGGGGGGACAGAGAAACUUAUUCUUUUGUACUUGAAGAUGAAGUUAUUGGGAGAGAGGAUGAUAAGAAAGAGAUUAUGGAACGUCUUUUUGAUGACAAUGUUGUAGAGAAUAUUUCUAUCAUUCCAAUUGUUGGUAUCGGAGGAUUGGGCAAGACAACACUAGCUCAACUGGUAUACAAUGAUAAAAAUGUCCAAACAAAAUUUGAGAUAAAACUUUGGAUUUGUAUCUCUGAUGUCUUUGAUUUACAUCGGAUUGUUAAAGAAAUUUUAGAACAGUUGACAAAGAGGAAGCAUGAAGAAAGCCUUGAGAUCUUGCAAAAUCAGCUUCGAGAAAAACUUAAUGAAAAAAAAUACUUGCUUGUCCUGGAUGAUUUGUGGAACGAGAACAGUAAUAAAUGGCUUCUCUUGAAAAAUUUGUUAAUAUGUGGUGCAAGGGGAAGUAGGAUAUUAGUGACCACACGCUCAGAAAGUGUAGCGAGGAUCAUAGGAGCGGCUCCAUCCCAUGCUCUAAGAGGCCUACCUGAAGAAAGGCUUGGAGUUUGUUUGUAA